GCGUGGGCGUCACCACACUACUGAGAACACGCACGAGUCCAUCCUCCCAAAAGUCUCGCCUGAUCUUCGAGGGCUGCUGUCCAUUUGUUGUGGUCUGGCUAGAAAAUAAUCGUAAAAAGUUUUCGGUGGUUUUGUUUUUCGCAUUAUUUUUGAGCGUAUUUAAACAUGAUGAUGUGGAUUGUGGUUUUGAUGGGAAUGCUGCUAAAGACCUCUGCAACUGUUCUGCCGAGAAACGAAUCGACGCCUUUUAUUCGGACGUUCUCGGCUUUUUUCGUCACUGUCACCGAUGAGCCAUUCGAUUAUCUGGACGUGCUGGAGGGCAGCGGCUCCGGGUCAGAUCAAACAUUCAACCCCAGGAAAGACGAGCACCACCCUGUGGCCAAAAAGCGCUACUACAUUUCCCAAGAGGCCUCCAGAUUUCUCACGGGCAGUGUAGUGACCGCUGUUAUUCCGACCAUAUACACUUUAGUGUUCAUUAUAAGCGUUCCUCUGAACCUCCUUGCGCUCAUCAUGUUUGUGCGCAAAGUAAGACCGAAGAAACCAGCGGUGAUUUAUAUGAUGAAUCUGGCCUGCGCCGACCUACUCUUCGUGCUCGUGCUGCCGUUUAGGAUAGCCUACCAUUUCAACGGAAACGACUGGAUAUACGGCGCAGGGAUGUGUCGUUUUGUCACGGCUGCUUUUUAUUGCAACAUGUAUUGCUCUGUGUUAUUGAUGAUGUGCAUUAGCAUAGAUCGGUUCUUGGCUGUCGUCUAUCCGAUGGACUCGCUCACUUGGCGCAGUCCUCAAACCGCAUCUGUCGUGUGCGCUGCCAUGUGGCUUCUGUCGAUAGGCGGAGUGACCCCUUUACUGCUCUCCAAUCAGACCAUUACCCUACCUGACCUGGGCAUAACCACUUGUCACGAUGUCCUUGACAUCCAUCAUCUUCGCGGUUAUUACCUAUACUUCUUCCCCAUCAUUUCAUCUCUUUUUUUCUUUAUCCCGCUCAUUUUUAGCACCGUCUGCUAUGUGCGCAUAAUCCAAGCCUUGUGCGCUGCCAACGUGGAAAACCGCGCGAGAAAAACGCGGGCUGUCUUCAUGGCAGUGACCGUGUUUUCUGUUUUUGUGAUAUGUUUCACCCCUACUAAUAUCAUCCUAUUGUCCCAUUACGUGCGCUUUGCUCACAAGUUUAACGAUCAGUCAUACGCAGCUUACCUGGUGUCCAUGUGCAUUGGGAGCGUAAGCUGCUGUUUCGACCCCCUUAUCUACUACUUCGGGUCGUCGCAAUGCCAAAAACAGGUGCUUGCUUUUCUCAGGUGCCAGGGAGUACAAAGGAUUGAGAGGAGCGCACAGUAUACCAGCAGCACCAGAUCAAGCAAGCUGGAGACCAUUAAAAGCAGCGUCAGCAGCCAGUAUAAAAAGCUGGUGGCAUGAUAGCAACAAGUUUGGCGGCUCCAAAUGUUCCAAAAAACAAAUUUGUUGGGCUGUAUGAUUCCAUAAAGAACCUUAUCCAAAAAAACUUUUAAUUGCAUCAAAGGUUUUUGUAAUGGAAAAGGUUGUACAGAUUAUAUAAAGGUGAUAAAGAACCUUAUAAGGACUGUAAACCAUUUUGGCACCUUUAUUUUUUUAAGAGUGAAACUCUUUCAUUACUGAUAUCUUGUUUUGGGGCAAGGGGCAAACUGUUUCAAUGAUCUUGUUUCUAUAAUUUUUUGAUAGAUUUCUGCUUUAUUUUUGUAUGCCUUUGUAGUGGUGAGCUAAUGUAUUCAUUACUUAAACACAUGUACAUACUAAAUGGUUGUAAGGCCUCAAAUAAAAUUGUAUAUACUGAA